AUGGCAGAUUCGAUAUUUUCUUCUAUUUCAGAUUUAUUAUUACUGGUCAUUGCCGUUUUGGCAGUGACGAGGAACGCUGUUGCUGAAAUACAUGAAAUUCCAACAAAAUGUCCAGAAUCUUCGGGCAACACCGUACAGCUUGCUCACAAACACGAUUGUACCAAGUUUUACGAGUGUACCAACGGGCAGAAACUACUCUUGAAUUGCCCAGAAUUUGCCCCGGGACAGAAGCUACAUUUCGACCCUGAACUUCAAAAUUGUACUUUCCCAUGGGAGGCAAAUUGCGCGUCAAGAGCUCCGGAUUGUUCAACGGACGAAUUCAUACAACCUCAUCCCAUCAACUGCAGCCUAUAUUACAAAUGCGAGAACGGGGAAAAAGUCUUAAAAACGUGUGACGAGGAACAGCUGUUUUGUUCUGACUCUCUAGAAUGCGUACACAAGGAUGCCGCCAAGUGUAAAGUUUACGAUUCAUGUCCAACAGGUAAAUUGUUGGAGGCUGUACUUCUGCCGCACCAUCGUCAAUCGCUGUACUAUGAAUGUGUCGAUGGACAAUAUGCUGUAAAACGGUGCCCAUCGGGCCAUGAAUUCGACGCUGGACGUAGACAAUGUGUGUCUAAUGUCCACUGUCCUGCAACCGGUACUAAGAGAAUUUCUCAUGAGACGAAUUGCGGUUUGUAUUACGAAUGCGUGGAUGGUGUGAAACUAGAGAAAGUUUGCGGAAAUGGAUUGUCUUUCGACGAAACCAAGGGUAUAUGUACCUGGCCUCCGAGACAGGAGUGUUCGUCGAACUUCGACCAAACCGACCUGGCCACAUACUUUUUACCUCAUGCAGUUGAGGAAAGAGAUAUCGUAGAAUGUCCACCAGAGGGAUAUACACUCGUACAUCAUGAAUGCUCUUGCGCCAGGUAUUACUAUUGCGAAGAUGGAAAUAAGUUUCCUGCCACAUGCCCUAAUGGCAUGAUAUUUGAUUAUAUUAGAAAAGUUUGCGAUUUACCGGCUGCCGCCACAUGUUGGAACCAAAAGUAUACUCACGACGGUUACUUAUAUGAACAUUGUUAUCGUGCAGCUGAGUGUGCACCCUUUGAUCAUAGUCGUACUCCUUAUGGAGAGUGCUCUGAGCUUUAUUACGAAUGUUCGAACGGUGUCAGAUGUGAUCGGUCGUGUGAUAGGGGGUUAGUUUUCAAUCCAAAAAAAGAGCAGUGCGAUAUACCCGAGAACGUCGGUGCCUGCAACGGCGAUGAACCUACUACUACGACUACGACGUGGCGGCCGCCAUAUUGCAUUGAAGGAAACCAAAUACCUCACGAGUGUAACUGCUAUGCAUAUUACGUAUGCCGCCACGGACAAUACCAAUGGAUGCAAUGUCCCACAGGCGAAAUAUUUGAUUGGGCGGAGAAGAGAUGUAUGCCAGGAAACAUUGCUGAAUGUCGCCCCUCUGGACACAAUGAAUGCCAAGGCAGUUGUUCGUCAAGCAGUGACCUGUUGCCGCACAAGGAUUGCAACAAGUAUUGUACAUGCUACCACAGCGCCGCCACAGUUCAAACCUGUCCCCGCCAUAAGUAUUACGACCGGGGUACACAAAGCUGCCAGUGGCCAGAAGAUAUAAGUUACUGGCCGAUGCAGUGUAAUCCUUUCGACUGUAGGUUGGGUUACGAGAGCGUUCCUGAUGAAUGUCACUGUGACAGAUAUUAUAAAUGUUCAGGCAAUGGGAGAAUACCUGCACAGUGCGCAAACGGACAACUUUUUGACUAUAGACAAGAAAGAUGCGUUGACAGUAGAUAUGCUCACUGUUAUGUGAGCCCAUCAUGUGAUGAAACUAAGAAUUGCGGAAUCUGUGACACCACAAAACACGACACAAGUAUUUACGCAGGUGAUUGUCAAAAAUAUUGUAGAUGCAGCGGCAGGAACGUGUAUAUCGAGCAAUGUGCCAGCGGUUUGUACUAUGAUAAUGUUUCAGGAGAAUGUGCCUGGCCUGAAAACGUGGAUUUAAAAUCUAUGCACUGCCCGCGCAUAACUGACUGUACCAAAACUUCUAUGUUUAUACCCCAUAAUUCUGAUUGUAAAGUUUACUAUAAAUGCGAAGACGGUGUCAAAUAUCUCGCAGAAUGCCCUGGUGCAUCAUCUUUUGAUUAUGUACUUGGAACCUGUAUGUAUAAAGAUGCCCAUUGUUAUCAUGAAUAUUUAACAAAUAGACCAGUCGAUUCCUGUAUAGGGCGCUGUCCGGAGCAGACGUCUUCUAGUCCGAUUAUCCGUUUGCAACACAGAGAUUGCAGCAAAUACUGCGUAUGUUCAAUGGGGGCUCCUUAUGUCGUCAAUUGCCCUGGAUGUAGUCGGUAUGACAGUCAAGAGCAGACCUGUGUACCAUCAAGUUCUUGCAACUGCAACUUACGGGCAAACAAAACUUUUUGGUCGGAUAUACCAUUUCUGAAUAAUUUUCUUUAA